AGUCAGCGGAUCAUGGUUGCACCGUUCUGGGCGAAUGUUGAUCUGGAGAAUCGGGGCUAUGUAUACUACAGACAGGAGACGGACGAAGAACUACUACAACGAUUCAACGAAGAAAUCCACGAAUAUUUCGUUGAUUAUAUGGAUUUUAAAGCAAAGUUCUUAAUCAUUGCAACGUGGCUAGACGUUGGGUUUUAUGGUGAAAAGGGCAACAAUAACCCGCGAAACACGUUUCAAUUAGUAGUCGGUACAGACGAGUUCGAAACUUUCUCCAUGUUUAAUUACCAGCGAAUCGAUUGGACUGCAGGAACUGAAAGUGAAGGAAGUCCGGAUACGGGUAAAGGAGGAACCGCAGCACAGGUAAAUCAACCCGUCUGACCGAUAUUAUGUGGG